AGCCAGGAACCAGAGGGCAGUGGUACAGCAGUCAGUAGGGCUGAGGGAGUAGAGACUGUUAGUGUAGACAAUUCUUGGUUGAGAAGGGGAGGAGCAACAGGCCAGCUGCAGGUGAUGUAAAGAGUUAGGGGGCUUUUUUCUUCUGUGGGAGAGGAGCCUGCUUCCCUCACCUUUCUGCUCCACCAUGGAAACCAUCCCAUCUCUGUUCUCCUCGGUCUCCAGGAGACUUUGGGGGUAGGGGUGGAGGAGUAGAUUCUGGACCCCUCCUCAGAACUUUAGUUUCUAGGCCGUAUCUAUGGCCCUCCCUCUCCCUAUCAUUAAAGGGGUCAGGGUCCUCUGCCUUCUCCCAGUUGUCUCAGACCUGGAUCCUCUGCGGGCAGUGAGCCACACACUUGGAGCUCCAUUAUAGAAGUCACCGUCCUUGCCUCAGUUUCCUCAUGGGUAAAGUGAGAGUUUAACAGCAGGAACUCCCAGAGCUCCUUGUCAGCGACUCAGGACAAGGAGGGACUCAGUGGGACAAGAGUUUGAUGGUGACAGUGCCUACGUGGGGAUGAGUGACGGGAACCCAGAGUUGCUAUCGACCAGCCAGACCUACAACAGCCAGAACGAGAGCAACGAAGACUAUGAGAUCCCCCCAAUAACACCUCCCAACCUCCCCGAGCCAUCCCUCCUGCACCUGGGGGAUCACGAAGCUGGCUACCACUCGCUGUGCCACGGCCUCACGCCCAACGGACUCCUCCCUGCCUACUCCUAUCAGGCCAUGGACCUCCCAGCCAUCAUGGUGUCCAACAUGCUGGCCCAGGACAGCCACCUGCUAUCGGGCCAGCUGCCCACGAUCCAGGAGAUGGUCCACUCGGAGGUUGCUGCCUAUGACUCUGGCCGGCCAGGACCCCUGCUGGGCCGCCCGGCGAUGCUGGCCAGCCACAUGAGUGCCCUCAGCCAGUCCCAGCUCAUCUCUCAGAUGGGCAUUCGGAGUGGCAUCGCCCACAGCUCCCCAUCACCCCCAGGGAGCAAGUCAGCAACGCCGUCUCCCUCCAGUUCAACCCAGGAGGAGGAGUCAGAAGCGCAUUUCAAGAUGUCCGGAGAGAAGAGACCCUCGGCUGACCCAGGAAAAAAGACCAAGAACCCAAAGAAGAAGAAGAAGAAGGACCCCAACGAGCCCCAGAAGCCUGUGUCGGCCUAUGCACUCUUCUUCAGAGACACUCAGGCCGCCAUCAAGGGACAGAACCCCAGUGCCACCUUUGGGGAUGUGUCCAAAAUCGUGGCCUCUAUGUGGGACAGCUUGGGAGAGGAGCAGAAGCAGGCCUACAAGAGGAAGACUGAAGCAGCAAAGAAGGAAUAUCUGAAGGCUCUGGCAGCCUACAGGGCUAGCCUCGUAUCCAAGAGCUCCCCAGACCAGGGCGAGACCAAGGGCACUCAGGCAAACCCGCCAGCCAAAAUGCUGCCCCCCAAGCAGCCCAUUUAUGCCAUGCCGGGCCUGGCCUCCUUCCUGACGCCAUCUGACCUGCAGGCCUUCCGCAGCGGGGCCUCCCCCGCCAGCCUUGCCCGGACGCUGGGCUCCAAGUCACUGCUGCCCGGCCUCAGCGCGUCCCCGCCACCGCCCCCCUCCUUCCCUCUCAGCCCCCCACUGCACCAGCAGCUGCCGCUGCCGCCCCACGCCCAGGGUGCCCUCCUCAGCCCGCCUGUCAGCAUGUCUCCGGCCCCCCAGGCUCCUGUCCUCCCCACCCCCAUGGCACUGCAGGUGCAGCUGGCUGUGAGCCCCUCGCCUCCAGGGCCACAGGACUUCCCCCACAUCUCCGAGUUCCCCAGCGGUUCCGGAUCCCGAUCCCCCGGCCCGUCCAAUCCCCAGAGCAGCAGCGGGGACUGGGACGGCAGCUACACCAGCGCGGAGUGUGGCGUCAGCACGUGCAGCCUGCUCCCCAGGGAUAAAUCGCUCUACCUCACCUAAUCCCGCCUCCCCUCUCCUCCCUGAGGCUUGCUGGAGGGGCACUGCUCAGAGCCUGAAGGGCCCACAGCAGAAGGGAAGCCUUGGCAGGAAGCAGGGUGACCAGGAAGAGAGAGCAGCGGCACAUGGACGCCCCAGGGCCACAUCUCUUCCUCCACUUCACACCAGACUCUGCAGAGGCAGCCCGCCGCCCUGCCGCCGGCCCAGAGAACCUGCAGGAACCUUCUGCCCCCGACCUGCUUGCUCCAGGGUUACCGUGGACCCCGCUCCUCGCCCUGCACACCGUACUCUGUGUCUGGACGUCUGGCCCCUGCCCAGACUCCUGUGGGCCACCUCCGGAGGGGUCGCCUUCUGACAGACCCCCCAGAUGCAUGGCCCAGGGCUGCCCGACCACAGACGUGCACAUGCGGUCUUACAGUGUGAACAAAGAUUAACGUCUAAACUAUUGGCUCCAUGUAAGUAGUUGACUAAGUGUUUUAGAACCGUGAAGACAGCUGUGAGAUUAUUUUGUGGGGGAGGGGAGUAGUUUCCUUUCAAGGUGACAACCAUUUUCUAUGACCCUUAGCACAUUUUUUUUUUAAGUUUUCUCUUACGGGGACGUGCACCAAGCAGCUGCCAAACCGUUUCCGCCAGCACCGCAGGCCCCGGGCAGCCCGUAGCCACACUUGGGGAUGUUGCGCCUUUUUUUCAAAUCCUAUGUCGUCUAUUUAAAAUUGCCAACACCGACUUUGGUCUAUUUAUGAAGAAAAGUCGAGGACAGAAACGCAGUUGAUCAUCAAGCGCGCGUGGUUUCCGGGUCUGGUUUGGGUUUUGGUUCCUAGUGUUGUUCGCAGCUGUUUCGUGGCCCUGGCCAGUGCCCGUCCCGGCGCCCAGUGCUUCUCUCCAUUUCUUUAUAAUAAAACUUCUGAAAAGCUG